UCAACAAUUAAUAAUUAAUAAUUAUUAAAUGAACAAAUUCAUUGCACUAACCGUACUCUUGCUUUCCAGCGUUUUGGUGUCUGCCGACCCAUUCGGUGUUACUCUCGGAGGAGGAGCCACCUUCUCACUUGAUGAUGAUGCUGCUGAUCCUGACAUGAGGAAGAUUCACAUUCAGAUGGCCUUAGAUCAAAAUCUUCACCUCCUUGAGACAGCCACUACCAUCUGCUUUGCCUCUGAUGAUAGCUUCAAUAUUGCUGAUGGAUCAGUAGGAUUUGGAAUGAGCUUCCUCUGUGCCAUUCAUGAGUGUACUUCUAACGCACAUUUACAUACACUCUUGUUCGGAUCUCACUAUACAGCAGCAGGAUAUUGGGCUGGAGCUGGAACUGAUGCUUCUCAUACUAACGUUGGUGUGGUAAACUUGAAUGACGGAAUGCAUCCAGAUACUAGUUUCAACAUGGCAUCAACCUUAGCCGCUAGUAUUAACCUUCCAGACCUCGCACCAGCAGCAGAUGCUCAUUACAAGUGCUUCACUAACUUCGAUGGAUCAUAUAUUGAGGAUAACCUCUUGGUAGAUAUUCACCUGGAUAGUGACUGGGAAGAACACAACGUCACCAUCGCAGCUGUUGCUCCAUAAAUUGGCGAUAACCCAACACCUUAGCGAGUAAUUUCGCAUGGAGUAGAAUCUAUAUCAUAUUCUUUCAUA